GAAGUGCUGUAGUGAAAGUCAACAGCUAUAUAUAAUUUGUUGAUAAGGUCCAGAAAACAACUUUUUGUGAGUUAAGACGAAAUGUCAACUGAAGGUGCUUCAUGCUCAAGUGAAAUUUCAGUGAACGUAAGCGACGCGUUCCAACGUAUUAUGCUGAAUAAGAGAUUCGGAAGCUGGAUUGAAUUAGAUAAUGCGCUAAAGGAUUUCCAUAAAAUGACCCAUACACACUAUGUUCACGCAGAAAGUAGAUUGUUGAAGGAUGUGAGAUAUAAAUACUUGUUCGUAGUGUUUCGUUGCACGUUUGGUCGUAAACGUAAAUCAGAAGGUCUGAAUGUGAAUAAAAAACCGUCUAAAUUUUUAAAUUGCCAAUCGAUGUUUCGCGUAAGAUUGGAGGGUCAACAAUACGUUAUAAAAUCUUACAACAUGACUCACAACCAUCCGUGUACUAGUUCGUGGAUGGUUUGUGAUCCGUUGAGUAGACGAUUGUCAUCAGAAGAAAAAGAAAACUUGAAACCAGUUAUAUUGCACUGUCAGUCGACGGACGAAGUUAUCGAAAGUAUUAAGGAAAGAACAGGUAAGCAGGUGACCGCUGCUGAUGUCAAAAAUAUGAAAGCUGAACUCUCCACUGGUUGGACUCGGAAGCAGGUAUUGCAGAUGAUGCGACAAAACGGUGAAGUUAGAGAGCAUGCAGAAAAUGGAUGUAUUACGGCGAUAUGCUUCAGCAGUUAUGAUCAGAUAUGGCUGUACAAUCAAUAUCCCUAAGUCGUGUGUAUUGAUUCUACUUAUAAAACUAAUAAUAAAAAGUGAAUAUGAUUUUCGUUUUGUUCUACUAUGUAGAUAUUCAUUAUUCCAGUUAGUGGUGACAGACAAUUGGGGUCGAGGUCGAACUGUUAUGUUUGCAUGGACACAAAAAGAAAAGCGUGCCGAUGUCGCAAAAGCGACAGCUUGCACAAAUGCAUGUACAAGGCUUUUAAGUGGAGUUCAAUGACAUUCUCUAGAAAAAGCAUUGAAGACCAAAUAAUCAGUGGACGAACAUACAAUUAUGAUGCUCCACAGCGUUUUAUACCCUUGCUGAACAUGUUGACCCCGUUCGCAAGAUCCAAAGUGUUAAAUGAACUUAAAAAAAUGCGUUUCGUUAACUUAGAAUAUGAAAGCGGCGAGUGGUUGUUUAUGCUUGACCGCGGACAACAUUACGAAGUGGAUGUAAGUAUUUGUGAAUGCAAUUGUAGUACUUUUAAUAUGUGUCGAUAUCCGUGCCGCCAUCUCCUGCUGGCAUAUAUUAAAAGACGAAAUCUAACAGCUCAUCAACUUCUUAGGUGUUGCUGCAGAUGGAAAUUAGACGAUACGCACAAUUUACAAAACAACACAGGCAUUUCAUUACGGAGACGAAGUAAAGAAUAUAUACAACUUCAACGGCUACAAAGAAUGUGCAAACAACAAAUUGUUGAGAAAUAUGGUGAACGCUUCGCGAAUCAGGUGGAGAGAAAAGUCUACAAUUUUUACUUAAGAAUUAUAAACAGCUAGACAGCAGGUUUACGAUUAACAGUUCUUUGUGGCUUUAUUUUAUACCACUAUUUAUACAACUUGUAAACUUAUCUUUCCACUUUAGUAGUCAUGAAAAAUCAAUAAACUUUUUC